GAGGCGGCGGCCGGGGCCGUUGGAGGAGGGCGGGGACCGAGCGUGACCGCGCUGCGCGUCGCCCCUUCGGCGCGACAGGUCCGCGGGGCCUGGAGAACGGGAGGCGCAAGAGUCGGGCCGCGGAGAAGGGCCGUGCGCGUGCUUCUCCCAAAGAGGGCGGGCCCGCCCGAGCAGACGGCGCUCUCCGCAUCCCCUGAGAGCAGGAAGGAGGGCAGGACGGGCACGGCAAGCCCGCGGUGGACCCCGCCUGUGUCUCUCCUAGCUCGGAAUCGUCCUUGGAGAAGAUGGAAGGCGGGGAGCGGCCGGAGCCCCACGAGGGCUUCUUUGCCGACGGGCACCUGGUCCUGUGGACACUGUGCUCGGUGCUGCUGCCCGUGUUCAUCACCUUCUGGUGCAGCCUUCAGCGGUCGCGCCGGCAGCUGCACCGCAGGGACAUCUUCCGCAAGAGCAAGCACGGGUGGCGCGACACGGACCUGUUCAGCCAUCCCACCUACUGCUGCGUGUGCGCGCAGCACAUCCUGCAGGGCGCCUUCUGCGACUGCUGCGGGCUGCGCGUGGACGAGGGCUGCCUCAAGAAGGCCGACAAGCGCUUCCAGUGCAAGGAGAUAAUGCUCAAGAAUGACGGCAGGGCCCUGGACGCCAUGCCCCACCACUGGAUCCGGGGCAAUGUCCCCCUGUGCAGCUACUGUGUGGUUUGCAAGCAGCAGUGCGGCAGUCAGCCCAAGCUCUGCGAUUACAGGUGCGUUUGGUGUCAGAAAACAGUACAUGAUGAGUGCAUGAAAAAUAGCUUAAAGAAUGAAAAGUGUGAUUUUGGAGAAUUCAAAAGCCUCAUCAUUCCGCCAAGUUAUUUAACUUCUAUUAAUCAGAUGCGUAAAGACAAAAAAACAGAUUAUGCAGUGCUAGCCUCUGAGCUUGGAAAGCAGUGGACUCCAUUAAUAAUCCUGGCCAACUCCCGUAGUGGAACUAACAUGGGCGAAGGACUGUUGGGAGAAUUUAGAAUCCUCCUAAAUCCAGUCCAGGUUUUUGAUGUAACUAAAACUCCUCCUUUCAAAGCCCUGCAACUUUGUACUCUUCUUCCUUAUUACUCAGCUCGAGUACUUGUUUGCGGCGGGGAUGGGACUGUGGGCUGGGUCCUGGAUGCAGUUGAUGAAAUGAAGAUUAAGGGACAAGAAAAAUACAUUCCACAGGUUGCAGUGCUGCCUCUGGGAACAGGCAAUGAUCUCUCCAAUACACUGGGUUGGGGUACAGGUUAUGCAGGAGAAAUCCCAGUCGCACAGGUCUUAAGAAAUGUGAUGGAAGCAGAUGGAAUUAAACUGGACAGAUGGAAAGUUCAAGUAACAAAUAAAGGAUACUACAACUUGAGAAAACCCAAGGAGUUCACAAUGAACAACUAUUUUUCUGUUGGACCUGAUGCUCUCAUGGCUCUCAAUUUUCAUGCUCACCGUGAGAAGGCACCAUCUCUAUUUUCUAGCAGAAUUCUUAAUAAGGCUGUUUACUUAUUCUAUGGAACCAAAGAUUGUUUAGUGCAAGAAUGUAAAGAUUUAAAUAAAAAAGUUGAGCUAGAACUGGAUGGUGAGCGAGUAGAACUGCCUGAUUUGGAAGGUAUUAUCGUUCUGAACAUUGGGUCAUGGGGCGGCGGCUGCAGACUCUGGGAAGGGAUGGGAGACGAGACCUACCCUCUAGCCAGGCAUGACGAUGGUUUACUGGAAGUUGUUGGAGUCUAUGGGUCUUUCCACUGUGCUCAGAUUCAAGUGAAACUGGCAAAUCCUUUUCGAAUAGGACAGGCACAUACAGUGCGGCUGAUUUUGAAGUGCUCGAUGAUGCCAAUGCAGGUAGAUGGGGAGCCCUGGGCCCAAGGGCCCUGUACUGUCACCAUAACUCACAAGACGCAUGCACUGAUGUUAUAUUUCUCUGGAGAACAAACAGAUGAUGACAUCUCUAGUACUUCGGAUCAAGAGGACAUAAAGGAAACUGAGUAGCUGGAUGAGGAAAUGAAAACUUACGAUAGAAUCCUCACAAACAGUUGGAUGCAUAGUCAUCCAAAAAUAGAAAUCCUCUGUCAACUAUUUAGUCUUAAUUUUACCAGUAGUAUAAUGAGUAUACAUUCCUGUAAAUAGCAUUACAAAAACAGCUAGACUUCCAGUUGUUUACAAAUGCCUGUUUUUCAGCAAAACAUUUUAAUCAUAUAGUACUCAUUUUAAAAAGUCACAGAAGGUUACAUGAAUGCAAAGUGUAUUCUCAUGGCUUUAUGAUUGAGAAUGAGGCUCACUCUGAAGGUGUGCUCUCAUUCCUUAUUCUUGAACCACACAUUUGAUGGACACAUGAUACAUCCAGCAAGAUGUGGGUGGACCAUCAUUUCUAUCUUAAUUUUUAAUGUGGUAAUACCAUAACAUUUUAAAAAUUAACUUGUUUUGAAAGGAGGUGGUUGGUUUCAAACCAGUGUGAGUAAUACUGGGCCCCCUCCUGCAGCGUGCAUUUUAAGAUUUCCUACAGUCCAGCACCUGAAAAUGAGGUACAUUUUCAGGUGGAUCCGUAUUUAUUUUCAGGAAUCCCCCUAAAAGGAGAAAUGAUACUUUCAAAUGUUAUUAUAAUUUUUAUUUGAGGUGCAUUUUCAGACCCCCAGAUGUUGGUUAACCCUGGUAAUGACCUUGUUGAGCUGAAAUUGAACAUCUUGUUUAUAACCCAGUGUUGCCAAAAGAGAACCACAUAGGAACUGGUAAAAAUUAACAUUCAGAGCACUUUGGAUUGAAAGUUACAGGUUCCGAGCCAGACAGUACAGCAACUUCUCUUUUGAUUAAAAACAAUGUCAGCAAUUCAAAAAAAAAAAUGUACUAGAGAAAAUUUACUAGUCAUGCUAAUUGCUUAUAAACAGUUCAAUAAUGAUUGAUAAGUUUUAAAAAUUCAGUGAUCUCGUAGUAGUUUGAAGUAUAGUAGUCUUUUAUAGCCAAAGUACUUAACAGAACUUCCCCUUGGGAAAGUGAAUCCUCUGCUAAAAUGUUUGUAUCAUAUUUAUUUUAAAAUGAGAGAGAUUUUUUUUUUAUUUAUUUUCUUCAUUGUGGUAACUUUGUGUUUAGUGUUUACUCUAUAUGGCUUUAUUCAGUACGUUAAAUUGAUCACAUAAGUUUUAGUCACAAUCAGAUAGAAAUGCAGCUUAUUGACUAAGUAAUUAAAACCCAUAAUUUAAUUCUCCUGAUAGUCUCAUUCUUCAGAAAUAUUCCUCAGUUAAAAAAAAAAGAAGUGGUGUGAAAGCACUGGCAAACUGUUUUUGAAUAACUGAAAGUUUUGUUUCAUUGUUUUAGUUGACCCUCAAUUGCCAAAAACUCACUGAAGGGUUAGGUUAGUCUCUUGGUUACCCAUUAGAGGGCGCUCUUCUCUUGUUAACCACCGUUCUCCCUAAGGUCCUGCAGCUAAGCAGACCCAUCUGGCCUCCAGCCCAGCGUUUUUCUGACAAACGGCCUAUUCGUGUGCUUUGGCGGUCUUUCGUGACAUUAAUCUCUGAAAGAUGAGACUGUAUCCCCUAAAACACCAUUAGCUCUUUUUAAGGAUUUAUUAUGAAUCUGUCAUGCAUGAAUUGCCAUAAACUUAAAUUUCAGUCACCUUCAGGCCCAGGAACAACUUAGUGCUGUCUGUAGUAGUCAGUACAUAAUAUAAAAUACUUUUAUUUUGCUUAAAUUAACCUAUGGAUCUCAACAGGAGAUGCUAAAUUCUAGUACUGAAGGACUUUGUGAGCAGAUCUGUUUCACCUUUCUCAUACACCUUUUACAGUAGGUAACCCAUUGUGGUGAGAGUUUUGUGGAUUCUCAUUAAUGGGCCGAUCAUGUUUUGAGUAUAAUGAGUUUUAUUCUUUAAUUCAUGGUCAAAAUUGUUACAGAUAUCACAUGUUACAAAUAUAUUGUUAAAUUCACUUUGCUUUAGACUAUAUUUUAUCUAUAAUCCAUACUUCUAAUUGUAAAAUCAAAGUACAUUGCUAAUUUGGGAUAUCAGAAUUAAAAUAAUAAAAGUAACGACAUAGGGUUUUUUUAAUUGUUAAAACUUUAACCAUAAUGUUACAUUGGAUUUAGAACAGGUUUAUAUACAGCACCCUCAUUUAUUUAAACAAAUUGGUUUUUCAGUUUUCAUAAUCUACUGAGGUUUUUUUCCUGACUGACCCUUCAUGAAGUUUUUGUUGCCUUAUUCACUCAUUCAGACUUAAUUUUUUUUUAGGAAAGUUAUUUCAGAAUACCAUGUUAUAAAACAUUAUUUUAGCAAAAUUCACUUUUUAGGCACAUUUACUCAGCAUUUCAAAUAAACAUAAAGGCAUGUGUCUUGUUUUAAAUAAUUACAAUUUACAAGACUCAUGUUUGCAAGUUAUAUAUUAGGGUAGCAAUUGUUUACGUUACCAGGGAUCCUACCCUUUACAAAAGAUAAUUUGCCACAAGAUUUUCCUUUCCAUUUGACAUGGUCUUGAUUUCUUUAAAAUAAUACUUCUGUAUUCUCAGGAAGAAAUCUAUGAAGUGAAGCAUAUCUCCAUGUCUGUCUUGAUUUCUCUCAUCUUUUACUGUGCUUAUACGUUACUAACUCCUGGUACACUUAGUGGCUUAAAUACUGAAAACCUGGCAGCUCUGUGGAUUCCUUACGUAAGUAGGUGGUGAUAAUUUUCAGUGUUUUGUUACAUUUAAUAGAAAUCAGACUGACUUGUAUUUUAAAAUAUAGGUUGUCUUAUAGUAAGAUUACAUGAUCUUAAGUGUGUUUUAGGUUUUUCUGCAACAAUUAGCUGUGAACCUUUAAUUAUAAGCUAAUGUUUAUAAAAAUUUUAUAGUCAAAAUUAUUUAUUUUUAUUUUUUUAAGGUGUCAAACACAUGUAGUAUUUGCUUUUUGAAAUACGUAUGCCUAGAGUUGUAAAAUAUACUGUGUCUCCGAAAUCGUAAAGUCCUUUUUGCACUGUAAAAAUGACUACUACCAGCAUGUCAAAAAAAAAGAUAGUUUGCAUUUGUAAUAUAAAGUAAAAUUGUAUUUAAUGUACACUAUGGAAUUUUAAAUUUGCACUAACUAGAAAACUUUAAAGGUUAUAUUAAUUUACAGAUUCAUGUGGAUCCGAAUACGUAACUUGUACUUGUUCAGCCGAAAAGGUUAUAGUUUCCUUAGAAUGGAUGAUAGUUUUAUGUGGUUUUCCCUCAAAAUGAUAUUAUUAAAGUAAAAACCAGCA